GACCCGCAUUUAUGAUUGAUGCACAGCAACAAAGUCACACCAAGCCGAAUUUUAGUGUAACAAAGGGGUGGGAACAUUCGUCUUUAAAAUAAGAAAAAUUUUUUCCCUUUUAUCUCUCUUACUUCAUUCCUCAUGUCUACUGAAUUAAAGCGCAUCUUUGACCAAUUCAACCACAAGCACAACUCUGCCCCUGCACCCAAGAUUUCAAAUACUAUUUUGGAUAACAUUGGACGUACGCCUUUAGUUCGUAUCAACAAGAUUAGUAAAGAAGCUGGUUUAAAGUGUGAACUUUUGGCCAAAUGUGAAUACUUUAAUGCAGGUGGUUCAGUAAAGGACCGUAUUGCUCAUCGCAUGGUUGAAGAAGCUGAAAAAUCUGGCGUGCUUAUUCCCGGAGUGAGCACAAUCAUUGAACCUACAUCUGGUAACACAGGUAUCGGCUUAGCUCUUGCUGGUGCUGUCAAGGGCUACCGUGUGAUCAUUACUUUGCCCGAAAAAAUGUCACAAGAAAAGGUUGAUGUCUUGAAGGCUUUGGGCGCAGAAAUCAUCCGUACACCUACUGAAGCAGCUUGGGAUGCCCCAGAAUCACACAUUGGUGUUGCAAAGAAGUUGAGAGAUGAAAUUCCUCAUGCUGUCAUUUUGGAUCAAUAUGCCAAUCCUUAUAACCCUGUUGCCCAUUACGAUACUACAGCUGAAGAACUCUUGGAACAAUGUGAUGGUAAGAUUGACAUGUUGGUUGCUGGUGCAGGUACUGGUGGUACCAUCUCUGGUCUUGCUCAAAAGCUCAAGGAAAAGCUUCCCAACAUCAAGAUCGUGGGUGUCGAUCCCGUGGGUUCUAUUUUGGCUCAGCCUGAAUCAUUAAAUACCGAAGCAGGUUCUUAUCAAGUUGAAGGUAUCGGUUAUGACUUUAUUCCCGAUGUGCUGAAGCGUGAAUUGGUGGAUGUUUGGAUCAAGUCUGAAGACAAGCCUUCUUUCUUGAUGUCUCGUCGCUUGAUUCGUGAAGAAGGUAUUCUCUGUGGUGGUUCAUCUGGUACUGCCAUGUACGCCGCCGUUCAAGCUGCCAAAGAGUUGAAGGAAGGUCAACGUUGUGUGGUUAUCUUGCCUGACUCUGUCCGUAAUUACAUGACCAAGUUCUUGAACGACGAUUGGAUGAGAGAACGUGGUUUUACUGAUGAAAAGUUUGAAGAUCAAAGCUUUGAAAACAAGGCCAAGAAGGACUUUGCUGGUGCCACCGUUCGCGACUUGAAGCUUGCUGCUGCCGUGACCGUUGACGGUGAAACAACCUGCAAGGAAGCUAUUGAUUUGAUGGAACAAAAUAACUUUGAUCAAUUACCAGUGACUGCUGGCCCUAAGCGUCGCCUUAGAGGUUUGGUCACAAUGGGUAACAUUCUUUCUCGCAUUGCCUCUGGUCGUGCUUCCCUCACCACCCCUGUUUCUGCUGUCAUGUUCCACUUUACAAAGGGAUCCAAGAAGUUUGAAGAAAUUACUCAAGACACACCUUUGGAAAAAUUGACUCGUUUCUUCGAAACCAAUUCUAGCGCCUUGGUUACCGAAGGCAAUGAAGUGAAACAUGUUGUUACCAAGGUUGAUUUGCUUUCUUACUUGGUUAAGAAUGUUAAAGCAUAAAUUCGUGUAGUUCUGGUUAAUAGCGUAUGCUUAUGUAAUCAUCUUACCCUAUCCCUCCCCUUACUUUCUAUUUCGCAUAUAUACACACAUUCACACUUACCAAAGAAAAAAGGAUGUAUUUAUAAUAAAUCAUGUCAUCCCAAGACUAUACAUUAUCGGC